AUGGAGACCAGGAGAACAGUGAGAAGGAUCAUAAAACUGGAGAAUGAGGACUCUCAACUCGCUGAGACCAUAAUACAUGAGCAUGUAGAGAAGCAGCGGUUGCGAUUGCAGCAGGAGGAACUGGCUCAAAGAGAGGCUGAGGCCAGAGACAAAUUAAGCGCUGAGGUGAAGCGUGAACUCAAGCAGAAGAGAGAGCAGCAACUUCUGCAGAUCCAUCUGCUGCAAGAACAGAUGAAGACACGCCACCAAUGUGGGCUGGAGUCAGAGCGCAGGAAGGCCCAGAAAAGGUGGCGGCGGACGGAAAAGUGUGCUCAGAACAAUAAACGCCUUCUGGAGGAACGGCAUAAAAGUCAGGAGCAGGAGGAGAGAGAGACCCAGAAGAAGACGGAACAGGGAGAGUACGAGAAGCAAGUGGAGAUGGCCAUCCGUAGAGCUUCCAUGGAAAACCGUAUCGCUCUUCCUCUGUGGGGCCAAAGAAAUGGUAAAGUCGAUAAUCGCCUUCACUUCUACAAGGACGAACAAGGCUUCAUCGUAAACUCCAAGAGGAAGUUUGAGCCUCGUCAGUCUUUAAUUUUGACCGAUGAGACGCCCAAAAAACAGGUGACAGUACCUACAAGCAACACCACUCCAAAACCAAAGAGUGUGAAACGAGUAAGAGUACAGGAGCAGAAACAGCCAUCCCCCAGUGUUUGCCGAGGACUUGCAAAUGAGCCCAAGUUGCAGCGAGGCGUAUCCCCAGAGAGAGUGCAGGAUCUAAUGCAGCACAAACCGAUGCUGGUCAGUGUUACACAGCAGCCCAUGUCUCCUGGAGGCGCUCCUGAACCCGGGAAGUCCUCUCACACCACAUUCUGCUGA